UCUACGGAGUUGGCGCCAUUGCGAGGCUUCGUUCUGUGCACACAGAGCUCUCCUCAGUGUUUGUUUCUGCUCUUCGCCGGUAUUAGUGGUUCAACUGCGACACAAUGGCUGAUAAAGACGCUGCCUUUGAUGAUGCUGUGGAGGAGAGAGUGAUCAAUGAGGAGUACAAGAUCUGGAAGAAGAACACCCCUUUCCUCUAUGACCUGGUCAUGACUCACGCCCUGGAGUGGCCCAGCCUCACUGCCCAGUGGCUCCCAGAUGUCACCAGACCAGAGGGGAAAGACUACAGCGUACACAGGCUGGUUUUGGGAACACACACGUCCGAUGAGCAGAAUCACCUCGUAAUUGCGAGCGUUCAGCUCCCCAAUGACGAUGCCCAGUUUGAUGCAUCACACUAUGACAGCGAGAAAGGAGAGUUUGGAGGCUUUGGAUCUGUAAGUGGGAAGAUAGAGAUUGAGAUCAAGAUCAACCAUGAGGGGGAAGUGAACAGAGCCCGCUACAUGCCCCAGAAUCCUUGCAUCAUUGCAACCAAGACCCCCACUAGUGAUGUGCUGGUAUUUGAUUACACAAAGCACCCCUCCAAGCCUGACCCUUCUGGAGAAUGCACCCCAGAUCUGCGGUUGCGAGGCCACCAGAAGGAGGGCUAUGGCCUCUCCUGGAACUCAAACCUCAGCGGCUGCCUCCUCAGUGCUUCUGAUGACCACACAAUCUGCCUUUGGGACAUCAGCACAGUGCCCAAGGAGGGAAAGAUAGUGGAUGCCAAGACCAUCUUCACGGGCCACACAGCUGUGGUGGAGGACGUUUCCUGGCACCUGCUCCACGAGUCGCUCUUUGGGUCCGUGGCCGAUGACCAGAAACUCAUGAUCUGGGACACGCGGUCCAACAACACCUCCAAGCCCAGCCAUGCAGUGGACGCCCACACCGCUGAGGUCAACUGCUUGUCCUUCAAUCCCUACAGUGAGUUCAUCCUGGCCUCUGGCUCUGCAGAUAAGACUGUUGCUCUUUGGGACCUUAGGAAUCUGAAACUAAAGCUGCACUCGUUUGAGUCACACAAGGACGAGAUCUUCCAGGUUCAGUGGUCUCCUCAUAACGAAACCAUCCUGGCAUCCAGUGGUACCGACAGGAGGCUCAACGUCUGGGACCUCAGUAAGAUCGGAGAGGAACAGUCACCUGAGGAUGCUGAGGACGGCCCUCCUGAGCUGCUGUUCAUCCAUGGGGGACACACAGCCAAGAUCUCAGACUUCUCUUGGAACCCCAACGAGCCUUGGGUCAUCUGCUCUGUAUCAGAGGACAACAUCAUGCAAGUCUGGCAAAUGGCUGAAAAUAUCUACAACGACGAGGACCCUGAAGGUGCUGCAGAUACAGAGGUCCAAGCAUGAGUCCAGUCUCCACAUCUCUCCAUUUGACCUGCUUGUUGAAAACGGAUCCGUUGUCCAGUGUCGGGUGCAUAAGCAGUAAUCUCCUUUUCAAAUGCAUUUUUGGGCAGCAGGGGUUUUUUUGUAAAAAAAAAAAAAAAAAAAAAA